CGGUUCGUUUCCGUCCGUAUGUUGUGUGAUAGUUACUCCAGUAAAGUUGCUCAAAAUGGCUGCGAUUGAAGAAACUCGCACACGUGUGCGAAUGCUAGAGCAUGAAAUAGACAAUCCCCACAGCUCAGAUUUUCCUGGUAACUAUGUGGGUUUUGAUGACAGCUGGAACCACGAAAAGUUUGUGGAGAAUUUCCACAUUGACAUUGUGCGUCUGACCGACACAGAGAUGGAGUUCGACAUGGUUGGCAUCGAUGCUGCAUUAGCCAAUGCGUUUAGGAGAAUACUGCUGGCUGAGGUACCGACAAUGGCCAUUGAGAAGGUUUUCAUGUACAACAACACAUCCAUCAUUCAGGAUGAGAUCCUGGCACACAGGCUGGGACUGAUACCCAUCAAAGCAGACCCGCGGAUGUUUGAGUAUCGACAGGAGGGUGAUGAGGAGGGAACAGCAGAGGAUACCAUUGAGUUUCAGCUGAAAGUGAAAUGCACCAAGAACCCCGGGGCUGACAAGGAUGCAACAGAUCCUGACGAACUCUACAAACACUCUAAAGUGACUACAGAGUACCUGAAGUGGAUCCCCAUUGGCAACCAAUCCGAAAUGUAUGGAGAAGGAGCCAUACGUCCAGUCCAUGAUGACAUCCUGAUUGCCAAGCUCAGGCCCGGCCAGGAGAUGGACAUCAAGAUGCAUUGCGUCAAAGGCAUCGGCAAGGACCAUGCCAAAUUCUCACCUGUGGCCACUGCGUCCUACAGGUUACUACCAGAAAUCGUUCUCACCCAACCAGUGACGGGGGAAAAAGCUGACAGGCUGGCGCAGUGCUUCUCCCCAGGGGUCAUUGAGGUCAAAGACAUCAAUGGUGUCAAGCAAGCAGUGGUUGCCCACCCCAGGCGAGACACCUGCAGUCGAGAGGUCUUCAGACACGAGGACUUGAAAGAUUGUGUGAAACUCAACAGGGUACGGGAUCAUUUUAUAUUUUCGGUUGAAUCCACUGGUGCCCUGCCUCCAGAAACACUGGUAUCCGAGGCCAUCAAGAUCCUCAUGACCAAGAGCCGCUCCUUCAAGAGUGGUAUGGAACAACUGAGCGCUCAACAGAGAUGAUAUUGCAGAUAUACAUGUAGUCAAUGCUUUUGUGAACUUCCUGAAACAAUGCAGAAUAUCACUCACUGUAUCACCCACAUUAUCAGCAGUUUUGGAUUGUACAGUAAUGGACCCUGUGCAGGGACAGUAGAUGGUGCAUAGGCUCCGUGCGCGAACAGAGAGGGCGCUUUUUUACUACUUUUGAGAGACCAGUUGAUGACAGGACACACCACCUGCAUGUACUGGUUAACGCUCAUAUAGUGUGGAGUAUGCACAACUCAUCUAAUCACAACUAAGCCAUAGCGUCUUCGUGUGAGUGUUGGGUGUCAUCGGCAAUGUGUUCAAAUGUCUCUCCCUUUCUUGGUGUGGAUAGGUACUUGUGUAUGGAGACCAUAAUUAUAGUCUACUGAACAAAAGACAGUGAGGGAAGGACAUGAUUUGUGUGCACAAUGGCUUUUAACACAGUGUUUACGGCAAUAGUGCUUACAGCACAGAAUAUGCACUACAAAUUUUAACGUGAAUGUGCAUAAAACUACUGCGUCUUUGCAGAGAAACGCAUUUUAAUUUGAGUGCACUACAGCGACAGUUCAUGAGUGUUCUUUAAUCGCCAUCUCUCUAUUUGUCAUUGUCGAGGGUGUAAUUGUGUGGCUUUUUGCGUGGUACUAGUGGUACUAGGCCUUGUUAUGAGCAUGUGCUGAAGGAUACGAAAGACUGUACUGUGCCCCUGGACAGCAUGUUGAUCAGGAUAUCUUGCAGAUGUUUGUAUUUCAGAACAAGAACUUUAACGAAACACACUUGAGCCUCAAACUCAUAGUGUUCAGUGUUGUAGUCUAGUCCACCACAAGUUCUUUCACAAGUCCAGUCACAAGUCAUUUCAUAAGUCCUGUCACAAGAGACAGGAUGAAAAAUGAGAAAGGAGUACUUUUGUAACAGUUCAUUUGAAUAGCUAGUGACUUGACUUGAGACUGAAGGAUUUGUGAUGGACUUGUGAUGGACUUUCAGGGAAUUUCUGAUUGACUCGACCACAACACUUGAUAGUGUUAUGGAAUAACCUGUACACUAUUAUUGGCCAAUUAAAGCAGCAGAGUGGUAUGUGUAAA